AGAUUGUCCCACCGUAGCCACCGUAGAAGUUUCUGACGACAGAGUUAGCACUUGGCAGUCAAACAUGGCUGGUAAAGGGGGGAAACAGAGUCGUUCGGGCUCUGGGCUUUCAGGUAGAAAAGGUGCUGGGGAGCAGGAGGACGACGAGCAGCCGCUGCAGGCUGUUUUAGUCGCUGACAGCUUCAACCGGAGGUUUUUCCCCGUGACCAAAGACCAGCCGAGGGCUUUGCUGCCGCUGGGUAACGUUGCCAUGAUCGACUACACCCUGGAGUUCCUCACUUCCACUGGAGUGCAGGAGACAUUUGUCUUCUGUUGCUGGAUGGCCAGUAAAAUCAAGGAACACCUGCUGAAGUCAAAGUGGUGUCGACCCACCUCUCCAAAUACAGUACACAUCAUCACUUCAGAAAUGUACCGCUCAUUAGGGGAUGUGCUCAGGGAUGUUGAUGCAAAGUCUCUCGUGCGCUCUGACUUUGUGCUGGUCUACGGUGAUGUGGUAUCAAACGUUGACAUCAGUCAGGCGCUGCAAGAGCACAGGCAUCGCCGAAAGCUUGACAAGAACAUCUCAGUAAUGACGAUGAUCUUCAAGGAAUCAUCGCCAGGUCACAAGUCUCGCUGUGAGGAAGAUGAUGUCAUAGUUGCCAUGGACAGCAAGAGUCACCGCAUUUUACACUACCAGAGGACACAAGGGUUGAAGAGGCUACAGUUCCCCAUGAACAUUUUCCACAGCGGAAGUGAUGAGUUUGAAAUCAGACAUGACCUUCUCGACUGUCAUAUCAGUGUCUGCUCCCCACAGGUUGCUGAACUCUUCACUGACAAUUUUGACUAUCAAACAAGGAAUGACUUUGUCAGAGGGAUUUUAGUCAAUGAAGAGAUUCUCGGCAACCAGAUACACAUGCAUGUCACCAAGGAUGGUUAUGGUGUCCGAGUGUCUAAUCUUCUCAUGUAUGAUUCGGUGUCAUCGGAUCUUGUGCGGCGGUGGGUCUACCCGCUCACCCCCGAGGCCAACUUCGCUGACCAGAAGGGACGGAGCUGCACCUAUUCUCGUCACAACGUCUAUCGGGGCUCCGGAGUAAGCCUGGGCCAUGGCAGUCAGAUGGAGGAGAAUGUUCUCAUUGGCUGCGACACUAGCAUCGGUGCUAACUGUUAUAUUUCUAACAGUGUCAUUGGUAACAAUUGCACCAUAGGUGACAAUGUACAUCUGGACCAUGCCUACAUCUGGAAUAAUGUUCACAUUGCCAGCAACGUGACGAUCAACCAGUCUGUUGUUUGUGACAAGGCUGAGGUCAAAGCAGGCGUGACGCUGAAUAAACAGUGUGUCCUGGCAUAUAAUGUGGUGAUUGGACCAAACAUUUCUCUACCUGAGGGCACUGUAGUGUCCAUGCACCAUCCGGAGGAGGAGGAUGAGGAGGAUGAUGAUGAAUUCCUGAGUGACGAUGCAGAGGUUGGUCUCAGUAAAGACAAAACCAAACUGAAAGUAUUCAACCCAGCAGAGGUUGGAGCGGAGGGAAAAGGAUACAUCUGGAAGGCCAGCAGUCUGGAUGACACAGAGGAUGAAGAGUUGUCACAGUGUCUGUGGGGAUUGGUGUUGAACCCUGACCCUGAGAGUGAAAGUGAAGACAGCGAGCCUGAUGAUCCUGACGAUCCAGUGAUCCCCUCCCCGGAGAUGGAUGAUGUCAAAGUGUUUCAGAUGGAGGUGCUGGGGACACUGCAGAGAGGUUUGGAGGAAAACAUCGGCUGUGACAACCUUGUACUUGAGAUCAACUCUCUCAAAUACGCCUACAAUAUCAGUCUGAAGGAGGUGAUGCAGAUUAUAACCAGAGUGGUGCUGGAGUACCCUUUCCAACAGCAGGGCCCACAGCUUACCACAUCACAAUACGUUGCUCUGCUCCUCCCUUUACUUAAGAAAUGGGCACCGGUGUUUAAGAAUUAUGUGAAGAGAGCACAGGACCAUCUAGACUGUCUGUCUGCCUUUGAGGAGCACUUCCUGGAACAGGAGAGUCACUGGGCUGCCAUGGUCAAGGUCCUGAUGAAUAUGUACCAGCUGGAGAUCCUGGAAGAGGAGAUGAUACUCCGCUGGUUCUCCCAGGGAGCCACCACAGACAAGACCAGACAGCUUCGCAAGAACCAGGGGCUUCAGAAGUUCAUACAAUGGUUGGAGGAGGCUGAGGAGUCUUCAGAGGAGGGAGGGGAAUAAUGAGGAGCACUUAGAGGGGACAAGGACGACUUUGGAAAAUCUGAAACCUGUUGUGUGACAAAAGGGAUUCAGGCAGUUUAUUCUACCUUCUACAUCAACUUUGUCUGACUAACUUCCAUUGGGAUCUUCUCCGUACAGUUGACCUACUGAUAUACAUUUUUAUCACAUAGUGCCAUGUCAUGUAAGGACUGUGUGCUAUGAAUGUCAAUAUCCAAAUAAAGAAGAAAGACCCUCGAA